UGUUGUCUGUCUGUCUGUUUAGCCGAUUGAAUCGGUCUGUCCUCGCUCAUCCUUCUCCACGCACAAAUACGCCAGCCACCAACCCUCACCGCAUCACCGUCCCCCUGUCGAUGACGUCACGCUCGAGAUUGAACGGCCGCAGCGCACGGCGCCAUAGGGGCACCGUCACGAGAUAGCGGACAGCGAGGGAUGCAGGCCGAUCAGCAGCAGGCGCCUCGGUCGUCUGCAGCUCGAUGCAGCCAGGCCCCACCCAGAAAUUGGCAGUGACGGUCUCGUUCGAGCGGAAGCCACUCACAAUGACAAAGCGAUAGUCGGUCACAUCAGCAGCAUUCAGAUUGCCCCCGUCAUUGCGAUUGUCGACAGCGAUGCCCAAAUCCUCUGUGAUGCCCUCAGUCCUCAGAAGACGGUCAUAGCGAGGGUCGUCACGGCCGAUCUGUGCACGCAGCACCCUCUUGUCAUCAAUGUCCUCUUGACAGCACCACGUCCAGAGCAGCCUGUUCAGCAGGAAUGCCGAGAAUGAGGGAAUGAGUAGGAUGCCCCAGCGGAUGGCGGGAUCACUCCGCUUGUAGCCCUCAGCAUAGCGAUGGCCGCCCGGCAGGCCACCCAGCACAAAAAACCUCACAUCGCCGAUCCAGUAUCUCCCGUUGCCGUUGUCGUUGGCUUGCUGCAGUGCCAGGCGGGUCCCUCUGUAUGUCAGCUGCUGGCCGAACAGCCGAUAGAUGGCCAUCGCCAAUGGCAGCUGGUGGAAUGCCGUCCUGCUGGGAAGG